UAGCCAAACAGCGAGGGCUUGCUUCUUGCUUGGGGAGACAGAUGUGACCAGACGUUAGGACUCGGGGCAGUCUGGGCACGAUCUGGAAUCUUCUUCCUUCUUCCGGCAUUUGCUGUUAUGAAAUUGUCGUGAGAACAUGGCGAGUAGGUAACAGCGCAUUUUCUAAUGGGAAAAGUGGUAUAUUUCCGAGUGGAAUUUCAGGAUGACAAGACAACGUUCUUCCCCGGUGAAAUUAUCAAGGGUAUUGUUAGAGUCAUGGUUAAUAAGGAGUUAAAACUUCGUGGCAUUCGAGUGGAGUUUCAUGGAGAAGCCAAUGUCUUCUUGUCAGGAGGAGACCAGCGGAGAAAGCGACCUGCAAACAGUGAAGUGUACAUUGAUCUCGUAGCAACGUUAUUUGGAAAAGCCCCUGAUGAAGCUGGUGAAAAUCCAGUGCUAGCACCUGGAGAUGAAUACACUCUCCCAUUUCAGUUUCACAUUCCAAGUGAAAAUUUGCCCUCAUCAGUGGAAGGGAACUUUGGUCAUGUGCGAUAUUGGCUUAGGGCAUUUAUUGACCGUCCCUGGAGGUUUGACAUUUCUACAAAGGCUUUUUUCACAGUUAUUGAACAUGUGGAUAUAAAUGUAGCACCAGGACUAUUGCAUCCCUGCCAAGUUGAACAAGAAGAACAAUAUGGAUGGGCUUGCUUCUCUGGUCCACUCAGUGUGACCGUUCAAACAGACAGGGGUGGUUACUGUCCAGGAGAAGACAUCGCAGUCUCAGCAUUUAUCAAUAACCAAUCAAGUAGCAGGAUUUGCGGUGUGGAGAUCAUUUUUUUUCAAAUCUCAGUCUAUACAAUUAAAAGUGGUAAACGAAAUAAACGUAGGGUAGAAAAAGUAGCUUCAGUGAAAAGAGAUGAGAUUCAAGGAAUAGGAGAUCACCACAUGGAGAUGGUACCACUUCCAAUCCCCUCGCUACCGCCAACAAUGACAAGUUGUAGCUGUAUAAAGAUAUCCUACGAAUUGAAGUUUGUUGUUCACAUUGGUGGUUGGAACUCCAAGGACCUCACCCUUACAAUCCCAAUAACAAUUGGCUCGGUACCGUAUCAGCCCCUGUUGCUACCUUCACCAGUGGAGCCGUCAGCCCCGCCUCUCUGCCCUCCACCCUAUAGUGACGACAUUCAGCCACAUCCUGGUGUGGUUCUUCCAUCAUACGCAGAGUGUGUUUAUGGAGGAGCUGCCAUACAUGACGAGAAUGAUUCAGGUGACAUGAUGGGUGACUCCACCUUCACUCCAAUGUACCCGUUUGUCAAUCAUUACCAGAUCCCCUCUGCCACAAGCCAAGAACCGCAGGCCUCGACCAGUAAAGUGGCUCUGCCUUAAGUCAGCUCUGGUGUGAUUUAUUUUAUUGCUAAGGUUUAUAUGCUUGUAGAGUUAGUAAUUGUGUACAUAGCUGCCUUUUUAGAGAGCUCUUAGGCUGAUUAGAAAUUUGAUGCUUCUGUUUUUCUGAUAUCGAGCUGAGCUUCAUGUAGUCACUUUUCAAGGGACUAGUUAUCAAAUUCAAAAUUGUUCCAGGCUUUUGUUCAAAGAAAAUGAACGCUGCACAUACAUCUUGUAUGUUGAUUUUUACCUAAAAGAAAACAAGCGGAGAAAACUUCAUAUUAUUAGCAGUGAUUGACAAAUCAUUUGACAUUAGUUGGGUCAGAUUGUGAAAUUUAGUAGGAAGAGGACCAUUGUUUGUAGUUGAUGUACAUUUUUUGUGAAUCAAAGCAAAUUAUUUUACAACCACAUUAAUCUUUCAAACCUCGUUGCAUGUGUCCUUUAACCUUACAUUCGUGGAGAGAUCAAACGUUAAUUUCUCCCAACAAUACCAAUAAAUAAUCAAGUAGACAGGUGAUGGGAAUGAAAGAAAUAUUGUCAGCUUUAGAUGCUGCGUUUUGCCUUAAGGAUUCGCUCGGUAUGCAAUACUUAAUAAUAAUAAA